UUUGCUUAAAAUGUUAUAAUGUGUAAGAAAACCAAGCUGAAAAAAGCUGUCACUUAUAAAAACCCUGAGAACAAGUAAUCUCAGUCCUACACUAACAGAUUUUACAUUUCCCACUGAAACUCCAGCCACAGCCUGGUGCACAUGUCCUCUGUUAGUGUAGAAUAUUAUUUAAACUGAACUCUUCCAAUGAUUGUUACAGAUGACAAUGCUCUGCCUUCAUUUUGGGAGGACAUGAAGGGCGACCUUGUGAAGCUGUUUGCUCUGACUCCAGGAUCUAAGGAAUACAACGACGUGGAGAGUGAACUGACAAAGGCCGGACUUCAUGUUAGCAUCAUCAGUAUUGAACGUGUGCAAAAUCCAGCACUGUGGCAGAGCUACCAGAUCCUGAAGAAGCAAAUGGAGGCGAAGAACAAACACACCAACAAUGAACGGCUUCUGUUUCACGGCACCAGUGCCGACUCCACCGAUCUCAUCAACAGCAAAGGCUUCAACCGGAGCUAUGCAGGAAAAAAUGGUGCGAUGUACGGCAACGGCUCUUACUUUGCUGUGGACCCAAACUAUUCAGCAGGAAGGUAUGCCAGGCCUAAUAUCUUUGGGCACAAGUGCAUGUACCAGACCAAGGUUCUAGUUGGAGACUACACCCAAGGACGAAGUGGCAUGAUCACCCCUCCUGCCAAAUCCUGGAAUGCUUCAGACCUGUACGACAGCGUCACAGAUAAAACUGCUAAACCAUCCAUGUUUGUUGUCUUCAAUGAUAUCCAGGCGUACCCAGAAUACCUUAUCACAUUUAAGUGAACUGCCAUGCCCCCACUGUGCAACACUUCUGGAAAAAAAAAAUACUUGUCACAUGUUUAAAUUUACUGAGCAAAAAACAUUUCAUUAGAAAACAUUUCCUAAUCUAAAAUGUGUCUUUGAAGGGGCUUUUGCUGUUCUAUUUUUCUCUUGCUGUUGUCACAUUGCAUUUUAAAUCUAAUCAAAUUCUUUUUAAAGAACAUUAAAGUAAUGCUGCAACAAUUCCAGUGAUUCUCAUGUCAGUUAUUUUGCACACACUUAAAGGUUUGUGCCAGUGGGCUGUACGGUGAUAUGUUUCUAAUGUUAUCUUUGAAAUCGAGUUAUGAAUUUAAUUACCAACAUGAGAAUAUAUUCCUGUAAUACUGACUUGAGGUGUCGCUUUACGAAUACGAAUACCUUCAUUAGUCCCACAAUGGGGAAAUUACAGUUAACAGAACAGCCAUCCAAGAAAUAGAAACACAAACAGGGGGGACAGGUGUCUGAGGUCAUGCAGCCGUUUUACCGGCGCUACCUUUAGCAUGAAAUCAGAAAGAGAUAAACAGGGAUAGGUAGGUUCAGAAAAAAAAAAAAUCAUCUCAUUCCCUGGUCCCUGGUCUUUGGUUGUGAUAGGACGUUCUGCUUCACCAGAGAGUUAUUCAUAUUCAAGCUGGAGAGUCUCUGAUUUCUCCUGAGAGCUACUGUCAUGUUAACAUUCAGGAUUUUUCCUCUUAACUAUUCAGUGACUGUUAUGACAUUUGCAACUGAACAGAAACCUGUUUCAUGUC